CAACAAAGGCGAAGAAAGACAGACCGGACGAGCAUUGCUCUGUCUCUCUCCCCCUUCUCCGUGCUAUCUUCGAGGAAGAAGAAGAGACAAGGAGGGUUGAUCCGAUGGCUUCUCGGGUGGCCUUACUGCCGGAGUCGUUCCUCUGCUUAGCUCGGUCAAGGAGCAAGAGGAAUGCUGUGUCUCCCAGGGUGUCCAUGGCCUCCACCAUGGUUAAAACUCCAAAAAAGCUAUUCGGUCCACGUGAGACACAUAUUGAAGUCACUCAUUCCAUGCCACCUCAGAAAAUUGAAAUUAUAAAAUCAUUAGAUGACUGGGUAGAAGAUAAUAUAUUGGUGCAUCUGAAGCCUGUCGAGAAGUGUUGGCAACCACAGGAUUUUCUUCCAGAUUUUUCGUCAGAGGCAUUCAAUGAGGAGGUUAUGGAAUUGAGAGAGCGCUCUAAGGAGCUCCCUGAUGAAUAUUUUGUUUGCUUGGUUGGAGAUAUGAUUACUGAAGAAGCUGUUCCUACAUACCAAACAAUGCUAAACACCAGCGAUGGUGUCAGAGAUGAAACAGGAGCAAGUCUUACUCCUUGGGCUCUCUGGAUAAGGGCUUGGACUGCUGAAGAGAACAGACAUGGAGAUCUUCUCAACAAGUAUCUAUACCUGUCUGGAAGAGUUGACAUGAAACAAAUUGAGAAGACAAUUCAGUAUCUCAUUGGCUCAGGAAUGGAUCCCAGGACAGAGAACAAUCCCUAUCUUGGUUUUAUUUAUACCUCAUUUCAGGAGAGGGCUACCUUCAUUUCCCAUGGGAAUACUGCCAGGCUUGCUAAAGAUCAUGGGGAUCUCAAUCUGGCCCAGAUAUGUGGAACAAUUGCAUCUGACGAGAAGCGCCAUGAGACUGCAUACACCAAGGUAGUGGAGAAAUUGUUUGAGGUAGACCCAGAUUACACUGUUCUGGCAUUUGCUGACAUGAUGAGGAAGAAGAUCACAAUGCCAGCUCAUCUGAUGUAUGAUGGCCGUGAUGAUAACCUUUUUGAGCACUUCUCAGCAGUUGCUCAACGGCUGGGUGUUUACACAGCCAAGGACUAUGCAGACAUACUGGAGUUCCUUGUUGCAAGGUGGAAGGUCGGUGAGCUAGCAGGUCUCUCUGGGGAAGGAAAUAAAGCCCAGGAUUUUGUCUGCACAUUAGCUCCAAAGAUUAGACAGCUCGAUGAAAGAGCUCGAGGGAGAGCCAAGAAAGCACCUGCUAUGCCUUUCAGUUGGAUCUACAACAGGGAAGUGCAGCUCUGAGCAUCAAACAAUAUAUUAUGGUUUUGUUGUUUAUGCAAGCAGUCAUCCUUUCUUUGCCAUUGGUUUGCUAUUCAUAAAAGAAGUUCCAUGCUUUGUUUUUCUUCUGUUCAAGUAUUGUAUGAGUCAUGAUGGGGGCUGUAGAUACUCCUCACGCCAUCGUAAAUAUCAUCAUAUAAGCAGGUGCUUGAUUCAUGUCUGUUGUGUUUUUCUUUUUCAUGGACAAGUUCUGUUGUUUAUCAUAGUUGGAUAGUCUAUGCAUAUGGGAACAUAGCCUUUGUUCUUUU